CUUCCAAGUCCAACCAAAACAGAAGAGAGCAGGAGGCAGCGCCCGCCCUCGACAAUAUGUCUUUUUCUCUGAUUCUACAAGAAGUGAAACAACUCCAAGCAGAUGGGUUGUACAUGCAAGCUGUAGAGCGGUUGACUACUGAGAUUAAAUGGAAUCCCUAUAGCCUUGAGCUUUUCCUUUUAAGAGCACAAAACCUACUUAAACUCGAAAAAUUCAAAGAAGCAGCAAGUGAUGCAGCUCGGGCAAUAGAAUUUGGCUCUGGGGCUGAAGCUCAUAUGGCCCAUGGGAAAGCGCUCUUCAAUUUAGGACAGUACGUGGAAUCUUUAGACACAUUCAAGAAGGGCAAAGAAAAAGGAGGUUCAUACUCGGAAAAGCUUGACCAGUUUGGGCAGUGGAUAGCUUGGUGUGAGGAGCGUAUUAAGAAAUUAGGGCUCUCAGAUCCUCCUCCAGAAAUAGUCCAAAAUAAAGCUGAGAGCACAAUGGCUAAUGCUGAAAAUACAGCCACCAGUGGGCAAGACCCCAAUACUAUGCCAGUUCCCAAAAUCAAACAUGAUUGGUAUCAGACGGAUACGCAUAUUGUCAUCACCAUCCUUAUAAAGAACAUGAAAAAGGAGGAUGUCAAAUUAGAUACAACAGAGACAACGGUUAGUGUAAGUGCACCCCUGCCAGGAGGCUCUGAGUACAGUUUGGAAUUGGAUCUUGGUCAUCCCAUCAAGCCUUCUGAAUCGUCAUUUAAAGUCUACUCCUCUAAAAUAGAGGUAAAGUUGAAGAAAGUUGAUUGCAUUCGUUGGGUAGCCCUUGAGGGAGAUGCAACCGCUCCUGUUCCCAAAGCGGUUCCUGGAGCAACCUCAUCAGAGGCUGCAAAGGUUCCAUCAUACCCAACAUCAUCAUCUAAGAAACAUGACUGGGAUAAGAUAGAAGCACAAUUAAAAGCGGAGGAAGAGGAUGAGAAACUAGAAGGAGAUGCUGCCCUCAAUAAGCUUUUCCAGAAAAUAUAUGGGCAAGGCUCAGAAGAAACAAGACGUGCUAUGAAUAAGUCAUUUAUGGAGUCUGGAGGCACAGUCCUAAGCACAAACUGGAACGAGGUCGGGGAGCAGAAAGUUGAAGUCAAACCCCCAGAUGGUGUCGAGUACAGGAAGUGGAAUUAAAGUUAUAUCCUUAAUUGCGCAGGGAGACCAGAAGACCAUGGUGUGAUAGUGGAACAUUGUCUUCGUCUUCUUGGAGAAACAUAUAAUCAUAACUUGUUAGUGCAAGAGCGAAGCAAGUGUAUCAUUUUUAUAUAUGUAUAACAAAGGAAUGACUUACAUAUGGCAACUAGGACAUUUGUUAUGAAAGGCAAAUGGAGAAGCCAUGCUGAUAUUGAUAUUUUUAAACUAGUGUUAAACUGGUUUGUCAUCGCAGAAGACAAAAUUUGGAAAAUUUAUAAUCCAGAUAAAGUGUAACCACUUUUGAUUCCAUUAGUAAUGAAUAGUUACCAUAUUUAAUACCUUCCAGAUUUACAUUUUGAAAUUGCUGUAACAUUUUAAGCAUUGCCUUAAUUAACUUCAGUGAUUUAUGGGUAUAAUUUAAAUUAAUCAAUUGUUAUAUAUGAUAUUUUACAAAUGAAUAACAGCAUUAAAAAAAUGAUUGUAUUUAUUCUAAUAAAACCUGCAGCAUGUGCUACUAGAACUUUA